GCCACUUCAAGGCCGGCAGCUGGGCCGCUCCCGGUGCACGCGGCGGCUCGUUCCAGAGCCAGCAGCGCCAGAAUUCGUCCCUGUUCCAUAUGUCACAAGGUGUUAUCGGAGAGCGUCCGUCAGGACUACAACUUCCAGCAUGCCUUGCGGCACGAUAGUAGCUUCCUGGGCGGGGCGGCUCGGCCCGCGCGCUCUCAUUGGACGCUGCAGGAAUUGACGAUGCUACGGACCAGUCGCGGCGCGGCGCCGGGCGGGGCCGCCCAAUGAGGGGCGGCGGGGGGCAGGGCCGGCAGCUCCGCGCGCUCCCCCCAUGGCGGCUGCUGCCCGCGACCCGGUCUCCCCCGCCGGCCUCGACGAGGCGGACGAGGCAGUGCGGGGCACGUGCGAGGACGCGUCUGUCUGCAAGCGGUUUGCUGUCAGCAUCGGCUACUGGAAGGACCCUUACAUCCAAUAUUUUGUGCGGCAGGCCAAGGAAAGAAAAGCACCUGAAAUCAAUCGAGGCUAUUAUGCCCGUGUUCACGGAGUCAGUUACUUGAUUAAAGCUUUUCUAAAGAAGACAGAAUGCAACUGUCAAAUUGUAAAUCUUGGUGCUGGCAUGGAUACUCUGUUCUGGAGAUUAAAGGAUGAAAAUCUUCUCCCUAGAAAAUAUUUUGAAGUGGAUUUUCCAAUGAUAAUUGCAAGAAAAAUACAUAAUAUCAAAUCAAAACCUCCCCUGUCAAAACCAAUUAUGGAAUCCCAUUCAGGGGACUCUCUUCUAAUAGAUUCUCACAGCCUGGACUCCAGUCGAUAUUCCAUUGUAGGAGCAGACCUGCGGUUCUCAUCAGAUCUGGAGGAAAAACUAAAGAAACACAACUUAGAUAUACACUUGCCGACGCUUCUGGUGGCGGAAUGUGUCCUGGUUUACAUGACUCCGCAGCAGUCCGCGAACCUGUUGAAGUGGGCAGCAAGCACUUUUCCAGUGGCGAUGUUUAUAAACUAUGAGCAGGUCAUGAUUGAGAACUUGCAGAGGCGACAGUGUAACCUGGCUGGAGUGGAAGUCUGCAGGUCCUUGGAUGCUCAGAGGGAACGAUUGCUGUUAAAUGGCUGGGAAACUGCACGUGCCAUCGAUAUGAUGAAGGUGUACAGCUUUUUGCCACAGGCCGAUGUCAAAAGAAUAGAAGGACUUGAAUUCCUAGACGAGAAGGAACUGUUUGAACAACUAAUGCAGCACUACUGCAUCUGCUGGGCUUCCAAGGACAGCAGUAAUCUGGGCCUUGCAAACAUCACAUUCUAAUGUCUUUGCCGGAGGGCGGCCGUGGGCCCAGAAGCCACAGCAGAACCUUCUGCUUGAGAGAGGAUCACAGAACCAGUGGGAUUUUGUCUGUGCCAGCUUCAGUCUGCGCAUCUGCGUGAGAGGUGCCAGCACGGGAAGCAACAGGCGCUGCCGAUGUCGACUGUCCUGUUGGCGUUGGGCGCUUUUAAUGAACCUUUUCUAACCGCUGUGAGCAGUUAUGAGGCAAGACUCACCUCCCAUUCCCAGAUAUAUAAUGAUGGACUUCCAUAAGGUGUCAGUAAUUCCUGUUUAUAAGCUUGCCUUCCUUAGUUUCAAAUGGAAAGUGAAGUGUUCUUGGAUCGUAUGAUUUUUCUCUCUUGUCUUUUUGUGGAUGUGUAAAAUGUAUAUGUGACAGGAAGCUGGAAAAAAGGCUGGUGAGCUGUGUUAUUGGAUAACUGCACUGUGCACGGCAGAUCAUGAAGGUUCGAUUUUGUUGAUUUUCAUUCUGUUACGGUUUUAUGUGUAUGAAGUGUUGUCACAUUGGUUUUCUCUGGGUGCUAUGAUUUCUCGAAGACUGUCACUGUCCCGGGUACGUUCUUGUAGGGGCAGGGUGAAAGACAAAGGGGAGCUGUGCUUCUUGUUCAGUUAUGUACAAGAAACUGGAUGAUGUUAUAGUACUUUAUUUAACGGGGAGAGGCUUGGCUUGGCAAUUCACCACUGGGGUGGUAAAGGUAAGAAAGAAAUUGAUCUAAGUUUGUACUGCUUCUGGUGGUAUCUUUACACCAGUUUCUCAUUCUUCUUUGUUUCCUCUUAAAGGAAGCAAAACAAAAUCCCAGCAGCGAUAAACAACCUUGCACUACUGUUGAAAUCUUGCAACCUUCCUAUGAGAAAAGUAAUAAAUGUUUAGUAUUUAUAAUUUG